ACAUAAAGCCACCACCGCCGAUGCGAUUUCUCCAGGCGACGCCACAAAAUAGUUUGGACCAAACAAGGCGAUCGAUGUAUAUAGAUUUAUGUGUUGAUAUACCGAAUGGCCUAACAUUGAGAAUGUGGCGUCAGCCAUGUUGUCACUUUAAGCGAUUUCGUGUCAACAAUACCACUUUCGUUGGCGUAUGCUAAUUAGCUUUAGCAUCUGUAGCACCAUGUUGCAUGACUUGCUGCAAGGAACUGACACCGGAGGCUUGUUCAUCAUACAAGAUUCCGGUAGUUGUUCGGGCCGACGUCUUCUGUGGAGCUUCAUCAAGGCUGCAUUGAACAGGACGGAAGCAGUCCAUGUUCUCAGCUUUGAAGUCAGCGAGGAUGAGCUGAAGGAUGGCUUGAAAGGAUCUCCCAUUGAAAGGCUCCACUUUCACAACGCUUACAGCGAUCCCCUGGCCUGGACCGGGAGUGCCACCUUCACGGUGGACCAGUUUUGCGUGGAGAAAGUCACGAAACUCAUCAAGCAGACCUCGCAAGUUAAGACGGCCAUUUUAGCCAUCGACUCACUCUCGUGGAUCCUGAGACAUAUCAGUCCGUCUGCAGUCUGCAAGACUCUCCAACAGCUUAAAAAUGGUGGAUGUGUGGCAAACGUCAUUGGACUCCUCCAUUCCGACAUGCACUCGCGGGGUACAGUCGGUAGCCUGUGCCACUUGGCCACGUCACUCAUCACCGUGAAGGCGGUCCUGAGAGGAGACCAAGCAAUGAUAACCAAGCGCUUAAAGUCAGGAAAGGUUUUGCAAGGUGAGGAGGUGUUCACCAUCAAAGAUGACCUGACGGUGAUUGGACAGGGCAAGCCCAGCAGGAGUGAGCCACAAGAACAGAUGUGCAUAUCCAACAUGGCAGACCCAACAGCAAAUUUGACCUUCAACCUUCGCUUGUCUGAAAGCCAACGCGAGGCCAAGGAGAAGCUAGCACUGCCCUUUGUCUUCAGUAAAGAGAAGAAAGCAGCUCUUCUCCACACUGGUUCAGGGAGAAUCGUGUACGAGCCCGACGCUAACGAUGACUACGAUCAAGAGGAUCCAGACGAUGAUCUUGACGUGUGAUCAUCUUGUUUCCUUUACGAACAUAAACUUUGUGUUUUGAAUGACUUUUAAAUCAGUUGUUGAAUAUUAAAUGUAACAAUGGAUUAACAAAAAAACAAAAUAAAAAACUGCCUGUGGUGGU